AUGGUGACUCUGGCAGCAGUAAUCCCAGCUGCCAUCUCUUGGCUGGGAGCCCAGGCCUCAUCGUGCUGGAACAACAUCACAGCAAUGCUCAUCUGUCUCCUACUGCUGGCCCUACUGCUUGAUUAUGUGAUGUGCAGGAAGAGAAGCAGCCGCUUUCCACCAGGACCCACCCCUCUACCUUUCUUUGGAAAUUUGCUGCAGUUAAAUCUCAGACAACCACAUAGUACUUUCCAAAACGUCGCAAAAAAGUAUGGACCAGUCUCCUCGCUCCAGGUUGGAUGGCAGAGCUAUGUCUUACUGAGUGGAUACAAGAUUAUAAAGGAAGCACUGGGACAGAAAGCAGAGGAUUUUGCUGACCGGCCAUCCGUCCCACUGUUGAGACUAGUGGGUUGUUCAAAAAAUAGUGGAGGCAUACUCAUGGCACCAUUCAGCAGUGGCUGGAAGGAGCAAAGAAGAUUCUGUGUCUCUACCCUGAAAAGCUUGGGGAUGGGGAAGAAAACUCUUGAAAAGAAGGUAUCUGAAGAAACAAGAUAUUUAUGCUCUGAGUUCAAAUCACAAGAAGGAUUGCCCUUUAACCCACAAAAUCUUGUAAACAACGCAGUUGCCAAUAUUAUCUGCAUCCUAACACUCGGUGACCGAUUUGAAUACAGUGAUAAAACAUUUCUGAAGCUAAUGCAUUUGUCUGAAGAACUUAUGAAGGCAUUAAGUGGAACCCUGCCCCAGAUGAUGGCCAUAGCGCCCUGGUUGUCUUAUCUGCCGGGACCUCACCAUAAACUUACAAGCUUCAGUAAUGAUGUUAGUGCCAUACUAAGAGAGAUUGUGAAUGAUCAUAAGAACACCAGAGAUCCCACCUUCACAAGAGAUUUGAUUGAUGCAUUUCUGGAGGAGAUGGAAAAGGUCAAAGGAAAUCCAGACAGCAGUUUUAAUGAGCAGAAUCUCAUUAAAAUUGUUCAUGAGUGGUUGACAGCAGGCACCGAAACUACUUCUUCCACCAUACUCUGGGGGCUGCUGAAAAUGGUCCUUCAUCCUGAGAUUCAGAAAAGAGUCCAUGAAGAAAUUGAGAAAGUUCUUGGCAAGGACAAAGCACCCAUGAUGGAGGAUCAAGCAAACCUGCCAUAUACUAAUGCUGUCAUCCAUGAAAUCCAGCGCUGUGCUGAUAUUGCACCUUUGGCAUUUCCUUAUAUAACACACCAAGAUACUGAAAUUGACAAAUUUGUCAUCCCUAAGGAGACCAUAGUCUUCAAUCACUUGUCUUCUGUGCUGAAGGAUGAAACCAUGUGGGAAAAGCCAUACAAGUUUUACCCUGAGCACUUUUUGGAUUCAAAGGGACAGUUUGUCAAGCAAGAGGCCUUCCUGCCUUUCUCUGCAGGUCGACAUGCCUGCCCUGGAGAAUCACUGGCUAGAAUGGAGCUCUUCAUCUUCUUCACCAGCCUCCUGCAGCAUUUCACUUUCCACAUUCCUGAGAACCAUCCCAGACCCAAAGAAGACAGGGUCUUUGCUCUUACAGUCGCUCCACUCCCUUUCGAUAUCUGUGCCAUCCCCAGAUAA